AUGCAGAUGUUAAUGCCCGAACCUCAGAUUUUUGUGGAAAGAACUCUGGCCCUCAUCAAACCAGAUGUUGUUGAUAAAGAAGAAGAAAUAGAGGAUCUCAUUCUCCGAUCAGGAUUCCUGAUCGUUCAGAAACGGAAGCUCCAGUUAAGCCCAGAGCAAUGUAGCAACUUUUAUGCAGACCAAUACGGAAAAGUGUUUUUUCCUAAUUUAACAGCCUAUAUGAGUUCUGGACCUUUAGUUGCUAUGGUGCUUGCCAGACAUUGUGCAGUCUCAUACUGGAAGGAAUUGCUUGGACCAUCAAACAGCAUAAGGGCUAGGAGAACUCACCCUUACAGCUUGAGAGCAAUCUACGGGACUGAUGGUCUGAGGAAUGCACUUCACGGCAGUCUCAGCAUUUCCUCAGCAGAAAGAGAAAUUCGAUUCAUGUUUCCAGAAGUGAUCUUGGAGCCAAUUCCGGCUGGACAAAGAGCUAGGGAUUACCUGAACCUUUGUGUGAAGCCUACCUUACUAGCUGGGCUCACUGCGCUGUGUAAAGAGAAGCCAGCAGAUCCAAUGACUUGGCUUGCUGACUGGUUGAUUGAACACAAUCCCAAUAAACCCAGGCUACAACAUCAGAUCACUGAGGAAGAGCAUCAGGGGUGA